AUGGCCGACCGUCUUGCGAGUGAUGAGGUGAACAUUGUUAUUGGCGAAGGAGGUUUGUGGCAGGAUAACAGUGGUGGAGACGAUGUCGGACCAGAGGCCUUGCUUCAUGGUGGAGAGCAUUUCGAUGAUAUCUCUUAUUGGACUAGGAACAACCGAAAGAAUGGCGAUACCUUGCCCCGUGAAAUUAUGCUUGCCACUAUCCAACGCCUUGGUCUGAAGCGAACCACUCCUAGACAUUGGGUGGGAAAGACUCCUGCUCGCUCUUAUAAAGCUUAA